GUCGUUCGACGUUCACUCACAUGCAUCCAGGUAUAUAAGCCCUAACUUGAAGCUCUAGAGGAGGACAUACUCAGCCGCAUCAACUCUUCUCACAACAUCUCUGAUCAUGCCUGAAAACAAGGACAGACUCACACUGACGGUCUACGUCUCCCCAGAAACCCUGAUUGCACUCAAGGAAAAAAAAUACAAACUUUGCAUGGCAGUGGAAGUAAAUGGCAAAUCCACUGUUGUUUUUCAAACUGUAAGCAAACUUCUGAUCCACAACGAGUUUGAGUUCGAAGAUCGUUACCGAGUCUUUGGCACGAACACGUUCAAAGAUGGCGCGUUGGUAGAGGCAUCCACGAGGAAGGUCCCAAUCUUGCUGGGCCAAGAGAUCACAUUGAGCCCUGAGGGCGUGCUCGGUCCUGCAUCUGGGACGAUGGAUUCUGCAAAACCAUUCAUCGUUCAUAAUCAUUACACCGAACCCAUCCACCUCGGUAUUGACGCACUUUUCGGUGGCGAAUAUAGCUCCAUCUACGUCACUGAGGAAGCGAUUUUGCGUGGAGACAUCGUUUGUCUACCAGCUAGAAAGCUCUUGAUCUGGUUCGAACAGAACCUCGAGACUAACACGAUGAUCUCACACGCCCGGAUCACCAACUGCAUGCGGCUCGACUUUUCGAAAACCAGUCACAUUACGGUCAACUACAAGGCACCAAAAGAUGCACCUGCUGAUGGGAUUUGGUCAUAUGGACCUCUUAUGGUGCAUGGACAGACCGCGUAGUACCACUCAGAGACGAACACAUUUUCUUUGACCCGAGCUAAUUAAUCUGCCUACUGCGUGACGCUCAGGGCUAAAUCGUCGGUUCAGGGCUCGCCUUCGGUUUAACAGGAUUUUAUGCGGUAUCGGACAACUCGUACAGGACACCUCACGGUUUAAUCGACUCGACUCGAUUAAAUUUCCCUCGCGUGCGGGAGCAGGAGGAUAGUAGGAAGAAGAAAGAGUGGGAUUCCUUGGAUUGACUCGACUGGAGAUGUGGCAAUAACGGAUGAAUUCAGUGUACAUCAAUAAAUUGCAUGCCACACCGAAGCUACUGAGCUUUUCGCCACGCUCUAUCCUCGCUUCUCGAAGGCCAUGAUGACUCGGCAGCCAUCCUCAUUACUGGGCAAGCAAUUCCCCCGGAAUUUGAGCCUGAGGAGGGCUGAAAACUCAUUAGAGGCACCACAGUAGGUC